AUGUUUAGCCUCGUCUCCGGUCUGUAUCAGUGGCUGUUCUCCUACGAUGAAUUGCGUCUUCUUCUCAUCGGCAUCGACGGCAGCGGAAAGACCACAUUUCUCGAGCAGCUGAAAGCGCGGUAUGCAAAACCGCGCGGGAGAGCUCGUCCUUCUGCCUCUUCUCCCCUCCACUCUUCUCACGUUGGCCCCGCUGACGCCGCCCCGCCCUCGCUUCCCGCUGUAUCUUCCCACAACAGCAACGAUGUAGACGCUACGCGAAAAACGUCUCUCUCUGCUUCUGUUGAGCCUCCCUCUUCGGUGUCUUCCUCUUCACUUUCCUCUUCUUCGCCUUCUUCCUCUUCUUCCCUUUCUUCUUCGCCUUCUGGUUCUUCGUCACUUUCUUGUUCUCCCCCGUCUUCCUCUUCGUCAUCCGCUUCUUCGCCUUCUUGUUCCGUGCUUCCGCAUGUACAACCGACGACGGGAUUUAACUUGACGAAUUUCGUUUUUGAGAAUUUCAAGGUGACCGUGUGGGACUUGGGCGGUCAGAAGACCCUGCGGAACAUCUGGAAAGACUACUACAAAGACUGUCACUGCAUUUUGUUUUUCGUCGAUGCGGCAGACAGCGCGCGUCGGGACGAAGCCUGUCGGGCGUUUCAGUGUAUGCUCAGCGACUUGGGAGGUGCCGCGCCUCCGCAUGCAGAACCGCGAGAGAGCACAAGAGCCCCGUCCUUCCCGGAAAGAGAGAUGUGCUCGCCUCCUGUCCUGCUUGUUGCAAACAAACAAGACGUGGCGACUGCGGAGUCCGGCGAGCGUCUCCUCCCCUUUUUUCUCUACCAGCACGGCGCACCGCGACGAGGAGAACGGACGAGAAAGGAGCGACAAAGAGCGACAUCGUGGGCCACAGGCGCUGAGGAGGGGACAGUGAAGGUCGUCGCACACACCGCGUUAAACUCGGAGAGUGUCGAGUCUCUCCUUCGAGCCGGAGUGGCAGCUGCGCAGGCCAAGCGCGACUUGGAGAGAGAACAAGAAAGAUGGCACGAGCAACAAACGCAGAUGGACAGUCCCCUGUUCCGCGCGGGGGGACAAACCGCAGAGAGCGGACAGAGCACAGAGGAGCCGGAGCGACGUUCGGAGAGAGAACGACUGGCGAGAUCUGCAUGCGCAAACCAGACGCCCAGCGGAGACGAAGACGAGCAAGAGGCAGGCAGAGACACUGAAGCUCGCCACGGGAACGGAAACCCGAAACGUUCUUUACCCACGUCGACUACAUCCGCUUCUUCAGUUCCCUCUUCUCCAGCUUCUGCAGUCCCAGGCAGAAACGUGCACCCCAGUCCGCUCGUCCCGACUGUGUCUUCGCCGAGCUCUGUCUCUUCUUCCGCGCUCCGCGCUGCUCCACUCUCUGUUUCGCCGCAGGAAGCGAGGGACGAUUCACCUUCCCGCUCUUUUCAAAACGGCCAGGACGAACGAGAGAGCGUCACAGAUCUUCGUUCAGGUGCUCAACCAGGACCGCCGCACAGUCGAGAGCCGCCUGUCAGAAAAGACACUGAAGACGAGGCCAGAGAAGAGAAACAACGAGCAGGUUCGGUGUCAAGCGAGGACCGCUCGGGAGAGGAGGGAAGUCGAGAUUCAAGUGGGUUGUACGACCUUGAAGAGGCGCAAGCUAGCUUUGAGUUAUUCCUGGCUUCGCGCCUCCACCUCGCGUGCACACCUUCCUCGAGUCCGCUGCCUGCACGACCUGCGAAUGGGUCAGCUCUGGGGACUCGUGCGCAGAGAAAUACCUUCUAA